AUGAUGAUCCAGCAAGGCGAGCCUUCUGGAGCAAGAAAGCUCUCGGGCUACCUCCGAAAGGUGGGGGGGAAUCCAAGCUGGUCUGGGAAAUACCAGGGGCCACGUGUUCAGUCCUCGCCAGUGUAUUCUCUAGUAACAGGGCCUGAUUCUUCGCCACUUCGCGGACUUGAAUGUCGCGCGCGCACCAAGAGCUUCGAUAGAGAUAGCACUGCUGCUACUGCUGCUGCUGCCACAUCCGCGGGGGCUACUGCGGUGCUCGAGCAGGAGGUGCUUUUUGAGACGUCCCAAAAGGUGCUCCAGCAGCAGGACGUGCCGCGGCAGCAGCAGCAGGAGGAGGGGCGGGCGUGCGGGGUGGGCAUCCUGCCGUUCCUAGAGGGAAAGCACGUGCUCAUCACGGGCGCGACGGGCUUCAUUGGGAAAGGUGCGGCUUCUGGUGGUCACGGUGUGGUCACGGGCUUCAUUGGGGUGCUUGCUCGUGUGUUGGUGGAGAAGAUACUGCGCGAGCAGCCGCGCGUGGGGCAGCUGUAUCUUCUCAUCCAACCCACAGCCCGCGCCACCGCAGCGCAUCGCCUCACGCAACAGCACACAACAUAUCCCUCCCUCUCCUCCUGCAUUCCCCCUACCCAGGUCGUCCCGUCGCCCGUGUUCUCGCUGCUGCGCGAGCGGCAUGGGGAGGGGUACGGGGCGUUCAUGGCGGGCAAGCUGACGGCCGUGCAGGGCAACGUGGGGGAGGACGGGCUGGGACUGGCUGCCCACGCCGCUGCUGCUCUGCAUGACUCGGUCGAUCUGAUCUUCAACUUCGCCGCCACCGUUGACUUUGAAGCCGAGUAUGACGUGGCACUCAAUAUCAACACCAUGGGCCCGCGGCGGGUGCUAGCCUUCGCCAAGAAGUGCCGGAGGCUUCAAUUGCUGGUGCACGUGUCCACUGGUGAGCCGCAUUUGCAUUCGCAUCUGCAUCUCCGACCGGCUCACAUGUACCUCUCUGGCUCGCAUGACGCGUACACGCUGUGCAAGGCAAUGGGGGAGAUGGCGCUGGUGGAGCAGCAAGAGGGGGCGGAAGGGGAGGGGGAGGUGGGGGGGAAGGCUGGGGGAGAAGCGCGUGUGCCGGUGGUGGUGGUGCGGCCCAGCAUAGUGGAGAGUGCACUACACGAGCCCAUGCCUGGAUGGAUCGAAGGCUUUCGGUGA